AUGGUGAUCGAGGAGGAGGGAACUAAACGAUACUUCACAAGAGGUCGACUGACCAGAGGCCGCGGCUUGAGAAACACAACUGGAUGCGCAACCUGCCGUCGCCGCCACGUCAAGUGCGAUGAGAAAAAGCCUACUUGCGGAGGUUGUGAAAGGACCAAACACAUCUGUAUCUAUGCGCCACGGCGACCACCAAACAGAAAACGCACAAGCAGUCCCGGAGAUGUGGCUCACACUCAACAUGAGAGCGAUGCAGCACAACAAGAGUCUUCUUUGCCUCCGCGAUCAGUCAGCCCCGAGCAGCAAUCCCCAGAGCCCCAAGAAACACCUCCAGCAGUCAACGAUGAGGAGACUAUUUCCGCACCUGUAGUAUCAUGGGAUGAACAGCCGCAACUGAACAUACCUAAUACGACGCCGGACGCCGGUCUUAGUGUUGGAGCCCAAGAUGAGACAUCGCCAGCUUUUCACAUCAAUGAAACACCCAGUGUUCAGGCUGGAGGUCCGGAGCAUCUUCCAGAGACAAGAUGCACGGGUAUUACGCCUCACAACUCAGCUACAACAAACAGCUCUUAUGGGGCGAAUUUGGAAAACGCAACGGCAGUAUGGGUUGACCUACUUCUCCAAGAUGCUGCCAUGCAAGAGUUCGACUUUACAAGCUUCAACGUGGAUCAAGAAAGUGUCGAUAUUUUUGGAAGUUCCGUUGUGCAGUCACCAGCAGUAAGAAAAGCUCAACCGAGGGUUUCCUCGGAUGGGCUAUCUCCGACUCCAUGCACUUCCAACUCUUAUUUGACGGAGAGGACACCAAGGUUAAGCGACUACCAACAGUUUGAGAAGCAGAACUGGUACUCGACAAGCCCAAUACACAUCUCUUCUCAUGAGCAUGUGAUUUUCCAAAACUUUGUGAGGCAUAUCAGCUUGUGGAUGGACUUCUUCGACCCUAGAAGACCUUUUGGAACACAAGUUCCCCAACUAGCGAUGCAUAAUGUAGGGCUCAUGAACGCCGUCUUGGCGCUUUCGGCUCGUCAUCUUUCUUUGAGCUCAAAAGUUGGAGAGAAAGACCAUCAAGAUCUGAACGAGGCCUUAAAAUAUUACUACAAGACUCUGCACUACAUCCAAGAGGCAAUGCAGUACGAUACAUACAAGACAAGCCUUGAACUGCUCGCUACUUCAUCCAUCAUAUCUGCAUAUGAGAUGUUGGACGGAUCACGUCAAGACUGGGAAAGACAUCUCAAAGGAGUUCACUGGAUACAGCGCUCUCAAACCAUACAUGGUGAUUCUGGGGGUUUGAAGCAAGCAGUAUGGUGGACGUGGCUUUGCCAAGAUGUUUGGGCUGCAUUCCGUGAGAAGCGUCGCCCCUUCACAUUCUGGAGGCCGGUCAAGACAUUGGAUGAGCUGGAUCCUUAUCAACUUGCGGCUCGUUCCGUGUACUUCUUUGCCCAAGUCGUAGCAUUCUGCUCCAAAGAAGACACAGAAGCAGCAAAGAAUGACCCGAUUGCUAGAGUUGCCGCGGCUGAUGCACUCAAAGAUCAAUUGGAAAAUUGGAGGAGGCAUUUGACGGCAGAAUUCCAACCACUGCCCUACUCCGGUUCCGUGGACGAUGUAUUUGAGCCAAUUUGGAUUUACCCCCCAGCAUGCGCAAUUGCAUUCCAAGUCUACUACUGCGCUCACAUCCUUUUGCUUUUGAAUGUGCCAGUACUAGGAGGUCUAGAGCAGUACACACAGCAACGGAAGCGUCUCAUGGAAUGCGUGAAGAAGGUGUGUGGGAUUGCCUUGACACUCUCUGACUACCCAUCAAGUGUCAUGUGUUCUCAGUGUCUUUACAUAGCUGGAAUUCCUCUCGAAAGCAGGAGAGAACGGAAUUGUGUUCUAGGGCUAUUGGAGGCCUGUCGCGAGAGAUCCGGCUGGCCAGUCAAGCCGCUAGGAGAGGAACUCUCAGCAAGAUGGGAAAUCUCAGAGGGUAAUUGA